GGUCAACCUACUGUCAUGAGAGCUGAUUUGUCAUGUUUGUACUUCUCGAAGUAUCCGAAUCAUAUUUUCAAGCGCACACAGUACAAAAAUUAAGCAAACAAUAAAAACGUAGUAGAUAUGUCACUGGAAGUAAUGCUUUUGAUAGCAGUUGUUUUCGUGCAUACCGGAAGUGAUGCGCACAACAUUCUAGUGGCAGUCAGCCAUCCGGGAGUGAGCCACUUCAAAUCAUAUGAAAAUCUAUUCUUAUGCUUAGCUAAGAAAGGUCAUAAUGUAACAGUGAUCAGCCACUUUCCUCAGAAGAAACUUAUACGGAAUUAUAGGGAUAUCAGCAUUAGAGAAGACAUACCUUACAGGGGUUUGAUGGACAUGAACAGCAGUUUCAAGUACGACAUUUUGGGUAUAAAGAUUCAGAAACUGUUAUUGCAGUUUGCAGUACAGAGUUGUGAGAGUAUGAAACACAUCAACUUCCAGAAAUUUGUGAAAGAGAACAACCAAUUCGAUUUGGUCAUCAUCAACGAAUUUAGCAACUUAUGUUACAGAGGCCAAAAAGUAUAACGCACCGUACAUAGCACUUAGAGAAAUAUAUCUCAGAAUCAACGCACGGGGUAAUAUAUUUAAGCUUUGGUUCAACCUUGAAAGGACACACAUUGCCAAAAGAGAAAAAAGAUGCGCUCCUAGAGGUCUUCAGGGAUAUGCCUGAAAGGAUUAUAUGGAAAUGGGAAAAUGACAUAAUGGAUGGAAAACCUGAGAACAUCUUAUUACAGAAAUGGACACCGCAGUUUGAUAUUAUAUGUAAGAUUAGCCUUGGAAAAGAUUCAGUCAAUAAC